AUGGACGGAGCUGGCGAAGUCCUGGGCAGCACGGUCUUGGCAUGCCUUGCCGAGGAUCUGGCGCCCACGGAGGCGUAUGAGCGCAUUGCAGCUGUGGCGCCAAAGCUAGGGACGCAGUCGUUGUAUUCAUGCCUGUCAGGUACGUGUGAUCCUACUUACUCAGAUGUGCUCGUCCGUCUUGCGCUCGGAUCACGGCCGCCGCCGCCUCUGCUAUUCACAUAUAUCGAGACCAUGUGCGUGUACCGGAGCCCAAAGAUGUUUGCAGAAGAGUACGACGAACGUGUAGUCGUCUUGAGCCUACUCACGCAGCUCUUUGCUUUCAAGCCAGCGGAUCAUGUGGCUGUGGAUACCAUUGCGCAUCUCAUCCUAGAGGCUGGCGGUUAUGCGCAAGUCCUGGAGCACCUACCUACGAAACAGCUUAUUGAUGCUUUUGGACCAUCUACAUGUGAUUUUUGGCGCGCAGCUCUUCGUCUCGUGGGCGAUCCGGGUGCGGCCGGUGCACAACUAUUUGUGAGGCUUGUCCAUGGCGCUGUGCGCGAUGGAUGGCCGCCUGUGCAUGACGAGGACGCACUUGACGUUCUUCUCAGUCAGAUUCAAGACGUGGUUGUACGGAUGGACGGGACACACACUGACAGCGAUGCCGUGCGUCACGCCCUAGUGUCGCUCCAGCAGGGCGUGACAGCUUCCGCCGACGACCUGUUUGACGACGACGUGUCCGCCACACCGACACCCAAAGUCUGGGGGUCAUAUUUUUUCUUCUCGUACACGAGAGCGCUUAUGCAGGCCUGGCGCGAGUCGGACGGCCGCAACCGACGUGUUCCACCGCAGGCUCCGCACCCAGGGCCAGACAUGGUGCUUCUUGUGCAUACACUUGCUAGGCUGGAUAUGGACUGGUCUCGAAAGGGCUCCGCAGCGUUGGGAUUGCUUCAGCUGCGCUCGGCGCGGGCAUCAUCAACGAAUGAGGAAGCGGGUUGCGACACGACUCUCGUCUUUUUGCACGAGCUUAUUGCUGCCACGACUAUUUGUGCAUUGCGCGAACUUGGCGCGGACCCUCGCGCUCGUACCGCUCAGGCAUGGCGCCAUGUAUUUGGUGGUGUACAGCAUGCGCCUCCUACGAGCGAUUCGCUCUCAGGGCGGGAUGUGCUAGCGGCUCAUUUCGCUUUGUACGAGCCGUUCCAGGAGUGGAUGGCCCUGGACCGCACUGCUACUCAGACGCUUGACGUUCCUCCGCUGGCAGAAGCGAUGCACUUGUGUUGGAAUGCAUGGACGCCAUUCAAAACUGACGACCUUCUGGCAUGUGCCUCUUCGGCUGUACAGGCCUACGGACAGUCGGUUCGGACAUGCUUGGACGAGGCGCCACAGCGAAUGGACAGCCUGGUGCCUCAAGCCUUGGCAAAUGCAUCGCUGCAGUACAUGCUGGCGACUGAAAUCCGCCGCGUUCUUGCUUUGUGGAUGGAAAAACAGGCAGACAUGCGACUAGUCGUGGCACUGUGUCGCUCGUUAGAAAUUCAUGUCCCGCUGGCUCAAGACAUGCUCUUUCUGUACGUUGACCCCCAUGAGCUGUGCCAAGCACUGGAAGCGGCCCUCUCACGCAUGCCUGCGUCGCUGUGGGUAAACGCUGACGAACUUGCCUCGACCGGACGUGCCAUACUCUUCUUGGCCCUAGUCGCCUCACAUUGUACUCAAGCGGUGCCAUCCGUGGGCGAGGCGCGUGCAUUCUUCACGCUGGAUGUGUCUGUGCCUGCACGCGAAUCUCUUGCUCCGCCGACGCGCGAGCUGCUGGAUCGGUGGUGCUGCGAGCUGACGGCAGGUCAAGGCAUCUCUGAUACGCUGCUUGCGGCCUCGCCCCCGUGGACCAUGUAUUCCCUUGCGCCCAUCGUGCUGGCACAGCUUUUGAAUGCACACCAAUACACGAUGAUUGACACACAGACCUUGCACUCGGCCGUGUCCUACUUUCUCCAGGCGCCACUGCGCCAUACCCUACAUACAACGCUGCGAUGGCUUGCUAGCUACACCCACCAAACCCACGUCCGUGCCUACUAUGCUUCACAUCUUCACGCUCAUGUAUGCACCUGCCUCGAUGUCCUACAAAUCCUGCUCCUCUCUGACGCCUGCUGUCCCCUGGUGUGCACGCUUGCAAUGCCCGUUGUGCUUCCGCUGCUUCGGUAUGAGCAGCUGGCAACGAUACCCGGUACCGCCGGAAACACCCUGCGUACCUGCUGCCAACUCCUUGAGGCGAAGUAUGUACACUCCCGUGCUGCGCCCGCCACCUGGCUGGCUCACGCCCUGAGCAGGGAGGAGAGCCGUGCCUCUCUCUGCCAAUGGGUGGCGACGACUAGCUCUGCUGCGGCGCACGAUACCACGACGGCACAUACCUGGCUCUCGCUACUACAACAUACAAUGCCUGACGACACGUGGACGGUCCAACUCCUUGGCACGGCCCUGGUUCUUGCACCGCCUCCGGCAGGGGCGGCGCCCGUGCCCCUUGCCCUCGUAAGAUUUGUGCUAUCUCGCUGGGACGCAGCGUGCGCAAGCCAUGACACCAUUCAGAGAAUGGUCGCUGUGCUCAGCAUGAGCAUGGCCUUAUCACAACAGCUGCCGGGAGGCUAUGAGGCGGUGCAGAGCUUACUGUAUAGUUUCUCGGAAGGAGCGCUCACCAAAGCGCUUCGUGACGCACUGUAG